AGUCUAUCCACCGAGGACCAUGCCAAUUCCACUAUAAUUUCUUUCAAAAUUGAUUCUACAGCUGUAGCUCCAUCAUGCCGUCCAGACUCGCGACCAGCAGUCGUCGCUUCGUCUGCCAGCAAUGUCGACAAGCCUCAGCCCCAGUCAAAAGGAGAAGAUUCUUUACAUCGAGCACCCGUCUUCAACAACAACCCGAAAUCUAUGAUGUAGUUACGGUGGGAGGUGGACCUGCCGGUCUAGCUCUUCUUGCCGCCCUGAAGUCAUCACCUGUUACAUCUCAUUUGAAAACGGCUCUCAUCGAAACGCAAGAUCUUUCGAAGAUACACGGCUGGAAUAUGCCAGAUGAUCGAUACUCGAAUCGUGCCAGCAGCUUGACGCCCACAUCUGUGGCAUCCCUCGAGAAAUCAGGCGCCUGGAGUCAUGUAGACCAGACCAGGGUUCAACCUUAUGACGAAAUGCAGGUCUGGGACGCUUCUAACGACGGUGCCAUCCAUUUUGAUUGGAAACACGAAUCCAGGCAGUAUAAUGCACCAGCACAGACAAUCGCUACCAUGACGGAGAAUCUAAAUCUGACGCGAGGUCUUCUGAAGCGGAUUUCUGAGCUAGGAGGCGAUUCGUCCCUGUUUUCAAAUACUAGCGUUUCGCAAAUCAAAAACGGAGACAACGACGUUAAUGGUUCCGAUUUAUCGGCGUGGCCUGUUUUAUCUCUCGAGGCAAAGAAUGCAAAUUCGCCAGUCAAACCACCAACUUCCAUUGCCGCUCGUCUUCUCGUUGGGGCUGAUGGCUUCAACAGCCCCGUCCGCGCUUUCACGGGGAUUAAUUCGAAAGGAUGGGACUAUGACCGGCACGGUGUUGUUGCUACUUUGAAAGUCCAACCCAUGGAGAAUGCAGAUGAGUACCAGAGCGACAUGUUCACCGACGAGUCGAGCAUGUCCAAUCGAGCAACGGCGUUCCAACGCUUCAUACCCUCGUUGGGAGGUCCCAUCGCCAUCCUUCCACUCCCAAACAACCACGCCAGUCUAGUCUGGUCGACCACACCAGCCCACGCAUCAUACCUCAAAUCCCUUGAUCCAGCAUCUCAACUAGCUAUGGUCAACGCCGCCCUGCGCCUUUCGGCCGUCGACCUAAAAUACCUCUUUACCCUCCCCGCCACUUCACCACACGCCGAUGAAUCCGCACACGAGUCCGAACUUCGCUGGCGUCUACAACAUACACCUGCACCUUCCCUCUCGCGUCAACCACCAAUCGUUCAAUCCAUUCAAUCUGGAACAUUAGCAUCCUUCCCCCUACGAUUUCGGCAGUCUUCGUCGCUCAUCAACCCAAGGGUGGCAUUGAUCGGCGAUGCAGCCCAUACGAUCCAUCCUCUUGCCGGCCAGGGACUUAAUCUGGGUUUGGCUGAUGCUGAUGCACUUGCGACUACCAUUGCGUUCUCGGUCGAGCAUGGAAUGGAUUUGGGGGAUUUGAUGUCGUUGGAACGGUAUUCGAGUGAGAGGUUCGGGAAAGGUUUGUUGAUGGGCGGAGGGGUCGAUUUCUUGAAUCAUCUGUAUCAAUUUGGGGCUGGGGGAGAUGGUCCUGUGAGUGGAUUAUUGGGCAAGGCGAGAGGAUGGGGUAUGGAUUUGGUAGAUUCUGUUCCUGGUCUGAAAGGCCUUAUUAUGAAGCAGGCUGGAUGAAGUGACAUUGGUCUGGUUUGGUGGGAACAACAAAACCAUGUCAAUAUAGCAGUUGUGGAAACUGUGCCUGUAUUAAAUCAUUAUCAUUCCAACAUUUCUCAAUCAGUCAUUAU